AAUAUAUAAUACCAAGAAGGAUAACAACACAACAGAAUAAUGAACGUAUCCACUUCAGCCUUGGGUGUUCGCCGGAGAAAGCCAGCCACACAGAAUAUUGACGAGGAGGAGAACUCGUCCGUGUUGAAGCUUGGACCAGAGUUCCAACUUAAUCAAAUCACCAACUCGGGAGACCGUGAACAGUUGAUUGCGUUGAACUUAUCUGAAGCCCGGUUAUUGAUCAGGGCUGCUCUCCAAGAGCGUCAGCACAAGAACGGUGGUGCGGGAGAUGAUGCAUAUGACGAGGAGCAAGAGAAGGAAGACGAGAUCGCUAACAUGGCGUUGGCAGGACCAAACUCCAAUGAAAUUAUGCACAAGACAUUGAACUUUUUGCUGAGUUUUGCUCGAUUCAAGAACUCUUCAUCGACUGAAACUGUCGAGAAGCUUUUAAAUGACUUCAGUGCGCUGGCUUCAGAACCUUUACACCCUUUCGAGUUGGCACAACUUGGUACAUUAGAAUGUGAAGAUGCUGAAGAAGCCAAAUCUUUAAUUCCAAGUUUGGCUAACAAGGUAUCCGACGUUCUGUUACAAACUUUGUUGACUGAAUUGAGAAAGUACCAAACAUUAUCAUGAUUAUGCGAUAAAAGUCUAGGAGGGGGGUAUAAAUUUGUCAAAACAAAAAGAAGGAGGUGUUUGAGACACAUCAGAUGGGGAGUCUAAUGGCGCCCAAUUUACAAUAAA